CCCCAAACCCAAAUUGAGGUUCAUCAUUUUUUCCCCAUUUCUUCUUCUAUCCCCAAUUUCGAGAUCAAAAAAGGUGGGACUCAACCGCAUCUAAUUUCAUUGAAAUUCCAUUUUAAGUUUAAUUGGUGGAAUUUUUCGUGAGAAAAUGCAGAGGGGUAGGGGUGGAAGGGAUGACUUUUAUGGUGGAUUUGGGGACCUGUUUGCAGGGUUUCCUGGCUUUGGGGGAAGACCUCAAAGCCUAAUAUCAAAUUUUUUCGGUGGGAGGGACCCUUUUGAUGAUCCUUUCUUCACUCAGCCUUUUGGAAGCAUGAUGGGUCCUAGCAUGAUGGGGCCAAGUAUGUUUGGACCUAGCAUCUUUGGUUCCAGAGGAAGCAUUUUCGAAGAAACUAAUAAUAAUGCUGGAUUCUUGGAGCAGCAAGCUCCUGCACCCCCUGCUAGAUCCAAAGGGCCCAUUAUUAAAGAGAUAUCAUCUGAUGAUGAUGAAGAAGAUGAAAAUGGGGGAAAGAAGACUGUAAAUGAGAAGAAAGAAAACCCGAGAAAGCAUUCUAGGUCGAGCAAAGAGCCAUAUGUCCAGGACCCAGAUGAAGAAGUUGAAGAGAAGAAAAGUCGAAGUGUGCAACAUAGAAGUGAAUUCGAUAGGACUGGUGCAAUGCGUCCACAGGCUCAGACUUACAGUUUUCAGAGCUCAAGUGUGACUUAUGGUGGUCACAGUGGACCAUACUAUACUGCAUCUACAACAAGGAGAAUGGGUGGUGAUGGAGUUGUGAUGGAGGAGAGUAAGGAAGCUGACUCAACUACUGGUAAAGCCGCACACAGGGUCUCUAGAGGAAUUCAUGACAAGGGUCAUACACUAAUGAGGAAAUUGAAUUCUGAUGGUCGUGUUGAUUCUUUACAGACGCUACAUAACUUGCAUGAAGAUGAGUUGGUUGGCUUUGAUGAAACAUGGAAGGGGAAAGCAAGGCAACACUUGCCUGGAUGGAACCAGGGCUAUGACAUGCUUGAUAACAGUAAUACUACAGGUGUAAGGACAGGUGGCAGGCAUGGUGACCAGCUGCAGAGUGGGUGGGCGCUUCCCUCAACGGGGCAGCCAAAUACUACUUCGGGCGGUGGGAAUUCACAAUCGAGGUCAAAUUCUUUUGGCGGGAGAGGGAGAGGCCGUUGAAGACUGGGAUUUGAUGAUGUUCCUUAUAGCUAGUUGUUUGUUUUUGGUUACGACCAGAUAUAUGACUGUCUUAGAAAAUGGCUUGUUUGUGGAUGUUGAAUUGUGGGGGGUUGUGUUUCUAGUUUGUUGUAGAGUUUGAAGUUGUCGAGAGAUUUUAAGUGAUGUUGUUGGAAAAAGGACCAAGGGAAACUCUGUAACUGUGUGAACUUUUUGAAGGAAUGCUGGGACACGUAUGUGUGAUGUCUGAAGUGGUGGUCUUUUGAUCUCUGCAGGUCAUUGGCCAAUGCUUCAUUUUUACAUGGCUAGGACUUAGUAGGAAUGACAGUUUAAGAAUGAAAAUGUGUUGUGUAAAAUUAUUAUUA